UCCACAUUCGGUCGGAUCUGGCCGGGCAGGCUCGCGUAUGAGGUGGGGGUGGGUUGACGUCGAGAUCGUUAUCCGCAUCUGGGAACCACCCAGUCGGAGCCGCCGGUCCGGCCGCUCGCCUCCCGCCCCGCUUCUCUUGCGAGACGUGCAACCGAGCUGACCUCAGGGAGCAGCAGCUGGGAACUACUACUGUGAGAAGACAAAAGCAGCAUGCUGACCUUCUGUGCAUGAUUUCUCUCCCCCUCCCUCUGCAUUGAUAGACAUGUCAUCUGAAGACUUUAACGCGGAAACAGGAAUAGUACAUCUUCAGAAUCUACAGUCUUAUUGCCAAUGAUGCAGGCAGUCAAGGACCCUCAUCUAGAAUGGCAGGGCAUCAUUAGGAGCCAUGUGGGAACGAGUCUGCUGAGGGGGAGUGGUCCAGUUCACUUUGUUUAAAGGUCAGCUGCUGGCAGAGGAGAGCAGUGUUAAGAAGUAUGGAACUACAAUAAAAUCUGCUGGACAUGUGCUCUCAUGUGUUCAUGUAAUAGGGUUGAAUUGUAGGAUCUUUUUUCCCCAGAGUGGCUUGGAGAGAUCUGGAAAGCCAUAGAGGAUGAUUGUUCUUGAGCUGAAAAAAGCAUAAAUUUGACCAAGGUCAUGCAUAUAACAGGGAAUUAGUAAUUCAGCCCAAACCAAGCUUGCUCUCAGCAUGCUUUUAUCAGGAAUAAUAAAGCACCAGCAUCCAAACUCUCUUGGAGAGGAGCAACUAGAAAAACAAGAUAAGAAUUCUCGGUCCAAAAGCUUGCCAGUUCUGAAUGGGUCUGUUCCACAGAUUAAUACCACACAAAGUGCUCUCAUCGCAGCCAAAAAGAACUUCUUACAGAGUUUGCAGGGGGACUCUGAUCAGAGGUGUGGCCUUGACCCCAAUAUAUCAGCACAUCACAGUAAUGCUACUGCUACUUCUUCCAAGACAGUGUUGUCUUUUACACCUUCCAGCUUUUCGAGAAUGGGGAAUUACACUGAAAGAAAUGAUUGCAACAAGACUCCUAGAUUAAGUAAUGGUGUGUCACCAGCUUCCACACUGCUAGUAAUGCCUGGUAGAAAAUACGUUGCUAUAGUAUUGACAGACUCUCGAUUCUUUUUGAUAUGUAUGUGUUUCCUGACUUUCAUUCAGUCACUAAUGGUCUCUGGUUACCUGAGUAGUGUUAUCACUACCAUUGAGAGAAGAUAUAGCCUGAAAAGCUCGGAAUCUGGACUGUUGGUCAGUUGCUUUGAUAUUGGCAGCCUUUUAGUAGUGGUUUUCAUCAGUUAUUUUGGUGGGCAAGGGCGAAGGCCUCUGUGGCUUGCUGUUGGGGGGUUAUUUAUUGCUCUUGGGGCUGCCGUAUUUUCUUUACCUCAUUUCAUCUCUGCACCAUAUCAAAUCCAGGAAUUAAACUCCUCUGUUUCUAAUGAUGGCUUGUGUUUGACUGGAAAUAAUUCAAUGAAAGGGCACCUGGAAUCAGCAGGCUGUAUGAAGAAUUCACGUGGAAAUGGCCACUCACUCUAUGUAGUUUUGUUUAUUUGUGCCCAAAUUCUCAUUGGAAUGGGCUCCACACCUAUCUACACUCUAGGACCAACCUACUUGGAUGACAAUGUCAAGAAAGAAAACUCAUCACUCUAUCUAGCUAUCAUGUAUGUAAUGGGAGCUCUUGGUCCUGCAGCAGGAUAUUUAUUAGGAGGAGUUCUUAUUGGAUUUUAUGUACAUCCUACAAGCACUGUUCAGAUUGACCAAAGUGACCCACGGUUCAUUGGUAACUGGUGGAGUGGAUUCCUUAUUUGUGCUAGUGUGAUGCUUCUUGUUAUACUUCCAAUGUUUGCUUUUCCCAAAAAACUCCCACCUCGACACAAGAAAAAGAAAAAAAAGAUGCACUCUGAUGAUGUUUCAGGUGGUGAUGAUGAUAUUGUGAAAGAAAAAGUGAAUUGCAAAAAUGAGCUAGACCCGGAAAUUCCUACAUCAAUGGGCUUUGGAAAGAAUGUUAAAGAACUUCCAAGAGCAGCUUUCAGGAUCUUAAGCAACAUGACAUUCCUUUUUGUGAGUUUGUCAUACACAGCUGAAUGUGCCAUUGUUACUGCUUUUAUUACCUUUAUCCCCAAGUUCAUUGAGUCACAGUUUGGCAUCCCAGCUUCCAAUGCCAGCAUCUACACUGGUGUGAUUAUUGUUCCAAGUGCUGGCGUUGGUAUUGUUUUAGGAGGUUACAUUAUAAAAAAGCUGAAACUUGGUGCAAGAGAAUCUGCAAAACUAGCAAUGAUUUGCAGUGGAGUAUCUCUGUUAUGCUUUUCAACACUCUUUAUAGUUGGAUGUGAAAGUAUUAAUCUAGGAGGUAUAAAUAUACCAUAUACCACGGGACCUACUCUCACCAUGGCACAUAGGAAUCUGACUGGAAGCUGUAAUGUUAAUUGUGGCUGCAAAAUUCAUGAAUACAAACCUGUGUGUGGAUCAGAUGGGAUCACAUAUUUUAACCCUUGUCUUGCUGGUUGCAUUACCAGUGGAAAUUAUAGCACAGGAAUAAGAAAUUAUACAGAUUGUGCCUGUGUCCAAAGCCGGCAAGUUAUCACACCACCCACAGUCGGACAGCGUGGCCAGCUAAGAGUGGUGAUCGUCAAAACAUAUCUCAAUGAGAACGGCUAUGCUGUCUCAGGAAAGUGUGAUAGAACCUGCAACACACUCAUCCCUUUCCUCAUUUUUCUCUUCAUAGUAACACUUAUCACAGCAUGUGCCCAACCAUCAGCAAUCAUAGUUACUCUCAGGUCUGUGGAAAAGGGUGAGCGGCCUUUUGCCCUUGGCAUGCAAUUUGUUUUAUUAAGAACUCUUGCAUACAUUCCUACCCCAAUUUAUUUUGGUGCCGUCAUUGAUACUACCUGCAUGCUGUGGCAACAGGAAUGUGGUGUUCAAGGCUCAUGUUGGGAAUAUGAUGUGACGUCAUUUCGUUUUGUGUACUUUGGUCUGGCAGCCGGUCUCAAAUUUGUUGGCUUCCUAUUCAUUUUCCUUGCUUGGUACACCAUUAAGUAUAAAGAAAAGAAGCAGCAAAGGCAGAUGUGGGAAGAUGCUCCUGUCAGCACUGUGAGCGAAGUGAUGUGUAACAAAGUUGCUCAGCAAAACUAUGCAAGGACUAGAUCCUGUCCCACUUUUAGCUCUCAAGGUGACCAUGGUAACGAUGUCAAUCUAACAACAACAAUGCAUUAUACAGCACAAACGUAUCCUGGACCCCUUACAAUAGAAGCAAUAACUACAUCAGUUGAGAAGCCUUCACAAGAAGUCACUUCUGAAAUAGAGGGGCCCUUGCAGUAACUUUAGAUUAUUAUUUAUUCAUACAUAUUAAGUAUGGGGCCUUUUGAAACGCCUGUGCCUUCUUUUUCCUAAUAAGAUCUGCCACUGAUAAUAAACCAGAACAGCUUAAUGCAUAGAGCCAGGGCAUAUCUGAGGGCUGGUUACUUCCAAACAGCUUAGAUAGGCCUUUCUUCUUUUUAGGAACUGGAAUGUUAAAGUAGGUUUGCAAGUCCUUUAGGUAUGUCUAUUCAAGUUGCAUGUUCCAGGUAAAUGCUAAUAGAUUCUCUACUGCGAAAAUCAGUUCUGAUAGAAAUGUAUGCCACUGGUGAAGUUAAAGCAACCGUGGUUCUUGAACUAGGGGAGAAUCAGUAAUUCUUUUUAAUUCUAUUUCAAAGCACAACUUAGCUAUGCAACAUGAACUGGAUAAUUUGUUUGGUUCUGUGUAUUUUUAAAUCAAAAUUUUCAAUCAUCUGACUUGGAAAAGAGGCUAUUUGAAGUAAUAAAAUAUCCAAUUAAGCAUUUUAUUUUAAGAGAUGAAAACAAUUUUAAGACAAAUCAGUAACAGGAUAAGUUAUUGAUAAUUAGUUUUAUUUUAAUACGAUAGUGUAUUUUUCAUUUUAAUUGCGAAUUUAUAACUCAUUAGUGAUUUCAGUACUAUUUUGUAAUAACCUUAAAGCAUAACAACCUUCAUGACAAACCAUAAUUACUGGUUUGUAUUUGCAUAUUUUUGCAAGAAGGAACAAUCAGCUGCAGAACUAUUGAGUUCAUCAAAUCCAAACUUAAGGUUACUUUUGUUUCUGUGCAUACAGAAACUAACCUUGUUAGCGUGGCAAACUGAGAUGACUCUAGUAUCUAAUCCUCUGCUGGUAUGGUACAGUGGUUAUUUGUUCUGACACAUGGCUCAGAUUGCUGUUUACAUACCUCAUCAUGCCCUAAAUAUCAAUCUGAGCAUAUGCUGGUACAGUCAAAUGAUUGCUUUGCCAAGUUGUCUGUUCUUAAGCUCCUACUGUUUCUUAAUGGAGAAUUACAGGUCUUAACAAUCCAGUUCAUAUUAAAGGCUUAUACAGACCUGCUUAUAUUUCAGCAUUUGGCAUCUACUACAUUUAUUUAGCUUUGUCAGCAAUAGAAAUUGUCUUGGGCAUCCUGAUCUGAUCACACGUUUUCAUUACUGGGAAAAAAUGGGGGUGUGUUUAUAGAUGCCAAUAUCUGGAGCACCUGAGACUGAAACUCAACCUAUAAUGCUCAGUUUGUCCUGCCACUAGGGAUUUUUAAUGCAAAAGAUCUACCGGCUAGAGUGGAACAUUUGCAAGGUAAGCAGAUGCUUAUAGAUUGCCCAUCCUGCCAUCUGUCCAUUCAAAGUUAUACAUUUUAACUGUUUUUUCAUAUUGUUAGCACUCUUGUUCUUCUGGGGUGAGGAGGAGGAGUUACGAAGAGUCAAAUGGCAAGAAGAAUAAAGAUUCCAUAGUUAUUGCUUUUUUCACUUGCCAGAAUUAUUUCAUCUUUUUGUAAAAAAAAAAAAUUCAUUAAGGGAAAAUGCCAUUGAGGCUUACAUAUUGCUAAAAUCAAAAGUACAAGUUAGCUUUCCAUUUCAUAGAUAUGCUAAUACACUUUAAAUGAGUGAGAUUCAUAGGUAAUACUCAGGGUGUAUUCCUAAUGAGGUCACAAAAGCCUUUCUCAGAUCUGUUUUGGAAGUGCUAUGUCUUAUGCAACUGCACUGUUCUAUUUUUGAAUCUAAAAUAUUUUGUUACAUUCUGUUGUCUUAUUCUGGGACUAAAGGGACUUAUUCUGGGACUUAAGUUACACAUUGAAGAGCAGUUCCCUAGGCAGGACCAAUUUGAUGUUCAGGGUAAAUUCAAAAAGGGCUCCUGACGUGUGGCUUUCCAAAAGUUGAAAUGAGAAUAUGGCGAGGUCCCAAGCCCUUCUGCAUCCCUCAAAUCUUUAGAGUGGUAAUCCAAUGAGAGGAAAUGCUGAUUAGUACGGAAUUUAAAAAUUGAAAUAUUUCAUUCAUUUCAGGCAAUGAGUAUGCAAUCAAAGCUCAAUUGCUAAGGCCCUCAGUUGCUCUCUUUUCAGACAUACAUCUUCCAAGUACUGUGCAUGUCUAUGUAUUUUCAUUUUGAGCAAUGUCACUGCAGUAGCUUAAAAGAGCAAUAGGAAGUUUAGCCAUGCUCUGAUUCCUAACUUAGGUAUUACAUUUUUUUAAGCUGUGGAAGAGAAAGUAGAGAGCAUGCACCAAUGUAAUACUUCAAUUUAUAACUGAAGAAUUUUGUUAUCUCUUUGUUCCAUCCUAGAAUAAGUGUUAAAACUUUUCAUAGUGUAAAUAAUGGACAUGGAUGUAGAUUGCCAUAAAUACUAAUACAAGUUUAUUAAUAUAAUACUAAGAUUAUUUAUGCAAACCUACCAUUGCCUCAAAAGUGUCAUUAUUCGUUCAGUAUUGAUUGCAUACUUGAAAUUUGGAAGCAGACAGUUUAUCCAAUUUGUUGGUUAGUUGUAGUCUACCAAGAGAAGGAAAAGAGAGAACUCAAAAGUGAGGAGGACAGAGAACUGCUUGGGCCUGAAGGGGACCACUGCUCAUGUUCGCUUAAAUAGAAGUACAAUUCUCUGAAUGUACCUUAGUGUAAUGUAAGGUCUUAACUUACACUGACAGCUUUACUUCUAUUAUAGCAAAUAUGAGUAUAGCUCCUUUUCAGACUUGGUUUCUGUAUCUAUGGAGAUAGGAAACAGGUGGGCCUAGCUUUGAGCUCACCAUGUAUUCUGACAAACUUUUGAAUGGAGCUUCUACAUAUACAUAUCAGUUCAUUAUGUCAUUUAAGCAUUGGUACUGUUCUGGUUUUUUUGCAAUGUAAUCAUAAAAUGGAGAGUGCUCUAGAGAGUGCAGUCGUCCCAAAGUCUUUUUUAAAGUAUUAUUAGUGUACCAGAAAAUGUACAUUGGUCCUCUAAUGUAAAUGAGUGACCCUAUGGAUUAGCUUUGAACUGAUCCAACUGGUGCUAAUGGGAUAAAAGAAUUCCCUCGAGGCUGAAAAAUACUUCGAAUAGCUGCUCAUGUGCUUAUCUUGCAGGACUAUCAGCUUAAUGGUAAGUUUGCAAUACACUCUUGCUCCACAAAUAUUCAUGAGGCGGCACAACUUUGAACUAGUUUAGAUAUUUUAACUGAAAGAAUUGGCUCUCAUUUGCUACUGGAAAUCUUUAACUGUUGAAUCUGGAAACAAUUUUCUGGCAGAGCGUAGCGAUAGCCAAAGACAUGGUGAUCCAGUGUCCUGCCAAAGUUGCUAAUUGUUUUAUUUUUAGCUAUAGUGGCUUGGAAGUCUAGGAAUCAAAAUUUGGUGCAGCUGAGGAACAGCUUAGUAGGGAAGGUUUUGUUCUGCAGGUAUUAUGACCAGUGUUUCAGACUAUGGUACCUGUUCAAUGAACACAAAAUGUACAAUAGAUAACCCUUGAUUACUCCGAGAUUAUCGUCUCCCUGAGUCAUUUGGUUAGUAUUGAACUGUGGUGGCAAAGACAAAAGAAUUGUGUCCUUUUGAUUUUUGAACUUUAAAAAUAAACUUUCAAAACAGAACUGUUAGCCAAAACCAUGUGUAAUUAAAAAUACACUGUAUGUUGAAGAAUCUAAAAAAAAAUACUGUUCCAAAAGAAUCCAGGGUUGAACUUAAUAUUCUUAAAUAUGCAAUUUUGAAUCAUUACUUUUUUAUACUUCACAUACUCCCCUAUUAAUAUAUAGACAAGACUGUGUAUUUUUUUCCAUUGAUUUCAGGAAAAUAGCAGUAUGUUGCAUAUUGUAUUUUGUUUUAACCUAAUAUACCUGAAAGAGGGAAAAUAUUAUUAAUCAAGGGGCAGACUAGUUAAAAUGUUAGUUUUGAUAAAUGUUUUUAAGUGUGUCAGUCAGGGAGCUAUAAACUGCAUCUGUAAAAAUAAAAUGGGGAUUUUUGGACUGUUCUUUUUUUUUUUUGUGAAGAUUUGAACUAAUAUUUAUCUCUUAAGACCAGUUUUCAAACU